AUGAGGGGGCAGAGUGCGACGCGACCGUGGCAUGGUUGGAGUGUGAUUCUCCUCUUCGUCCUCGUCACCGAUAGUGUCCUCCGAAAAUUGGUCGAAGCUCAAGAUCUCGCAGCAGAAAAGAAGACGAAGCUGUGGUGUUUGCAGAGUGUGGCUGAUGUGGAUGUUGGUGAGGCUGUAUCGAUCGAGAAGCCAGGAUCGAAGGCGAGAGUCGUUGAUUGGAGGCAGGUGCUUCUGGAUGAUCGUGUAGAGAGUGUCCAAGUCAGCGUCAGCGUCUCUGGCCCAGCCCGUGGGCUCAGAUGUUGA